UCACCCAAAAAAAAAAAAAAAAAUACCCACAAAUCUCUUCUUCUUCCUUUUCAUUAACAAUGGCCUUCUACUCCUUUUUAAUUUUCUUCUAUUUCUUCUUUAUUUGUUUUGUGCAUAAUGUUUAUCCCGUCGGGGCGGCCGCCAUUACUCAGUGUAAGAAGCCGCCAGUCAUCUUCAGCUUCGGCGAUUCGAACUCCGACACGGGUGGACUCGUAGCUGGACUCGGUUUCCCCGUCAAUUCCCCCUAUGGCCGUACGUUUUUCGGCAGAUCAACUGGUCGAUUCUCUGAUGGACGGCUCCUGAUCGACUUCCUUUGCCAAACUGUGAAUACGAGUUACCUAAGUCCAUACUUGGACUCAUUGGCGGAUUCAAAGUUCAAAAAUGGAGCGAAUUUUGCAAUCGCGGGAUCAUCAACUCUCCCCAAAAAUGUUCCAUUUUCACUGACCAUUCAAAUUAUGCAAUUUCUUCAUUUCAAGGACAGGACUCUUCAGCUUGUUACUGCUGGUUCAACUGAUUUCAUCAACGAAGAUGGGUUCAGAAAUGCACUUUACUUCAUUGAUAUUGGACAAAAUGACAUUGCUGAUUCAUUCUCCAAAAAAUUUACUUAUGCACAAGUUGUCAAAAGAAUUCCAUUGGUUCUCAGAGAAAUUAAGAUUGGUGUCACGAAAUUGUAUGAUCAAGGAGGGAGGAAAUUUUGGAUACACAACACAGGACCAUUAGGUUGUCUCCCUCAGAAACUUUCAUUAGUUAAGAACAAUGCUUUAGAUCGUUAUGGAUGUAUUUCAAGUUACAAUGAUGCGGCGAGACUAUUCAAUGAAGGAUUACGCCAUCUUUGCCAGGAGAUGAGGGCUGAAUUGAACGGCGCUACUAUAGUCUAUGUAGAUAUAUUUUCCAUCAAGUAUGAUCUCAUUGCCAACUCCACCAAAUAUGGUUUUUCAAGUCCAUUAAUGGCAUGUUGUGGCUUUGGAGGACCCCCAUACAACUACAACAUAAAUGUGACAUGUGGCAAUCCUGGUUCUAAGGCUUGUGAUGAAGGGUCAAAAUCUGUCAGCUGGGAUGGAAUUCAUUACACAGAAGGAGCUAACCAAAUUGUAGCUUCAAAAGUGCUUUCCAUGGCUUACUCUACACCAAGUACCACUUUUGGUUUCUUCUGUCAGUAGAUAAGCUCGGCCUAAUGAACUUCUGGCAGGUUUAAUCAUUCUCGGCCAGUAGAUAAACCCAGCCAAAUGGGGGCAAAGACGGUAGCUUUUGGCGCAAGCCAUGAAGUGUUUUAUAUGUAGUUGUUUCCCUUUCGAUUGUGUUGUAACGUUGUUCACAGUAUGGUGAUUUAUGUAUAAGUGUAUUUUAUUAAA